GAAAAAAAAUGAGCGUCAAGCCUGAUGUGAUUCGAAAGUGUCUGUGGCCUGCAUGCCUUGUGGGUCUGUUCAUCACGGGCAUCCUCUCGCUGGACUGUAACUUUCUGAAUAUUCACCUGAGUAGAGUCACCUGGCAAAAUCUGAGACUUCUGAGCGUUAUGAGCAAUUCAUUUUCUAUAGAGUGUCUAAGAGAAAACAAAGCUUUUGAGUUGCCCGAAGAGAUUCUAUCGCACACCCAGCCUGUGAAAAACGACAUCAAGGAGGCCUUCUAUGAAGCGUCUAUACAGGCUUUCAACAUCUUCAGUCAAUACACCUUCAGAUCCGCUUGGGAAGAGAAACAUCUGAAACAAAUCCAAAUCGGACUUGGUCAGCAAUUGCAGUACCUGGAACAAUGCUUGGAGGAAGAAGAGAAGGAAAACGAAGACAUGAAGGAGAUGGAAGAGGAAGGGACGAAACACUCAGCAACGAUGGUCCCCCGGCUGAGCCACCUAGAACUGAGGAGGUAUUUCAACAGGAUAGACAAUUUCCUGAAAGAGAAGAAAUACAGUCACUGUGCCUGGGAGAUCGUCCGAGUGGAAAUCAGAAGAUGUUUCUAUCUCCUUCUGAAAUCCAUAGCACUACUCAGGAGGAAAUAAGGUAUCUUUUGAGAAUUAAAAUUCCAUUUCUUGCCAAAAUCUCCUCCUCCUCCAUCUUCUUUUUAAGAAUUACUGUGCUAUCCUUUGAACCUGCCAUGGGCUGUAUUGGUGGUGGUUUAUGUAAUGUUUACCAUCUCUAAAGUUUGGCCUUGAAAUAUCAGCCACAUUCACCUCUCUAAGAGAGGUGAGGCCAACACCCCCUGGGUGACCAAGAGUCUUGUUAGAAAACCCUGAGGGCAGUUUUAGAGAAAUAAGAUUCCUUCUCCAUCUUCUACUCUCUGUUCCUCUUUCCUUUUGCUAUUUUCUACUUGCUUUGCUCCAUCACCUUUGAACUUUGCCAGAAGAAAAUAGGGAUCAGAAAAUGUUGCAAAAUGUAACACCUCAACAGCUUAACCUUCUUGCAGCCAAGGCUGUUUAUCUUACGGAAGUUCAGCACUGUUAAAAGAGCUCAUACUCGCUUCCAUAGAGUUAAUAC